AUAUAAAAAUUAUAAUUUUUAUAUUUUCAAGAAAAUACAUUUCAUAUUUUCAAAUAUGAAAAUAUAAAAAUUAUUUCUUGAUUCUACGUAUCAUGUUGUUAUCAGUGAUGUUAAUUUUUUAAUAUAAAGAUAAAUUAUAUAAUGUCAGAAAUAUUCAAUGAUUAGCAAUAUUCUCUUUCAGUAGUAAACAGGUUCUUGAAUCUUUACAAAAACAAUAUGAGCCUAAAAUUUGCUCCCAACUUAUCUUUCAUGUUUAUGGAAACACCAUCUAUCAUUGAAAGAUAUAAAUUGGCGAAAGAAGCUGGAUUUAAAGCAGUAGAAAGUGGAUUUCCUUUUGGUAUUUCUAUUAAAGAUAUAUCAGAAGCAAAAAAAAAUGCAUGUGUUGAACAAAUUCUUAUAAACGUAUUUACAGGUGAUGUUUCGAAAGGAGAAUUAGGGUUUGCAGCAAUACCAGGAGAAGAAGAAAACUUUAAAAAAAGUAUUGAUUUAACAAUAGAAUAUGCAAAAGCAUUAAAUUGUAAACGAAUUCACAUAAUGUCAGGCAAAGUAAAUCAAAUAACAACUGCUAAUGACGAUGUGUAUCUAAAAAAUCUUUUAUACGCGGUGGAAAAAUUUCAAAAAGAAGAAAUAAUAGCUCUUAUAGAACCUAUUAAUAAUAUCACUGUACCAAAUUAUUACAUGAAUAGUUUCCAAAAAGGUUUGGAUGUGGUAAAGAAGAUAAAUAAAACAAAUUUAAAGCUACAGCUUGAUAUCUUUCACUUACAACAUAUUUGUGGCAAUAUUACAAAAAACAUUAAGGAACUUUUACCAUAUAUAGGUCAUGUACAAAUUGCUCAAGUACCAGAUAGACAUGAACCUGACACGUCUGGAGAAAUAGAUUAUAAAUAUGUUCUUUCAGCUUUAGAAAAAGAGGGAUAUGAUGGAUAUGUAGGUUUAGAAUAUCGUCCAAAAUCAUCAUCAGUAGAUGGAUUAUGUUGGAUACAAAACUAUGGUUAUAAAUUGUAACAUUCAUUUUAUAAAUAUAUAUUAAAAAUUUUUAUGUUAAAAAUUUUCAUUUAUAAUAUAACAAUUAUUUAUUUCACCAUUAUUUAAGGAAAUUAUAAGUACCUUUUUUUAAGUUACAUACAUUUCAAUAUGUGUUACAAUAUAUUUGUCAUAUGUCUAUUACAAUAUAUCUUUAUUGAUACACUUUACAGAGUGGACAAAAUUAAAGAAUAAAUAA